UCGCAAACAUUAAUGACCUAUAAACUCUUCAAAAUUAAAAUUAGGAUUUCUUUCACUACUUUUAAAAAAAUCCGAAAAAAAACAACCUAUUAAUUUUUCAAAAAUUAAUUAAUUAAACAAACUUUAAUAUCUUUUGAUUACUUAAGUACACUCCAGAGAAAAAGUACAACAAAAUCAUCAUGAGAUUUAUAAACGUUUACUUGUUCAUUGUCGCUAUGUUGUUAAUUCACCAAGCUGCUUGCGAGAGCGUUAAGUUUUCUUUAAAAAAACCUACAAUACUGUUAUCAAUAAUUUCAAGGAAUGAAGAACAUAUCCUUCCAACAUUUCUUGCAUAUAUUGAACAACUCAACUAUCCAAAGAAUAGAAUAACUAUAUUAAUUCAAACAGAUCACAAUGAAGAUAGGACAUUUAAUGUGUUAUCUGAAUGGUCAAGAAAUGUGAAAAGUUUAUAUCAUGAUAUAUAUAUUUUACAUGAAGCUUUUCCAAUUACAUACAAUGACUCUUUAACAGCCAAUCAAUGGACUACUUCAAGAUUCUUAAAUCUUUUAAAGUUACGUCAAAAUGCCUUAGAUAAAGCAAGGAGAGUGUGGUCAGAUUAUAUUUUGUUUGUAGAUACAGAUAAUUUUCUUAUGAAUAAAGAGACGCUGAAUAUACUUAUUGCAACUCAACAAGUAAUUGUAAGUCCAAUGCUUCGGAGCUUUGAUGCUGACGGACUGUAUUCAAACUUUUGGGGAGCGAUGGAUGAAAGGGGUUAUUACAAGCGUGUCCCAGAAUACUUUACUUUGCUUAAAAGAGAAACCUUGGGAGUAUACUAUGUUCCCAUGGUGCAUUCUACUAUGUUGAUUGAUAUGCGUAGUAAUUUGACUGAUACAUUAAUGUUUUACCCAAUACCUUUAUCAUAUAGUGGUGUUAUUGAUGAUAUUCUGGUGUUUGCCCAGUCAGCAAAGCAUUCUGGAAUUAACCUUGCUAUAUGUAACACUGAAGUAUUUGGUUUUCUUUUAAAUCCAUGUGCAGAGGACUGGACUCUAGAAGAUAAAAAAGAUUUCUUUAAUGAUGUUUUUCUUAAUUACGCAACAUAUAAUGAACCACUUGAAAGAAGUGUUAAUGUACCACAUUCAUUUCCUGUGCCAUCCUAUGGAAUCUUUGAUGAGAUAUUUGUAAUAAACUUAAUACGCAGACAAGAUCGCUUUAAAAAGAUGUCUUUUUUACUUAAAGAAUUAGGUUUUAAAUUCAGACACUUCGAGGCUGUAGAUGGAAGGGAACUUUCUGCGAAAAAAGUUAAAGAAAUGGGAAUAUUUCCUUUGGAAGGAUUUAAAGAUCCAUACUUAGAAAGACCAAUGACGCUUGGAGAGAUUGGCUGUUUCUUAAGUCAUUGGAGAAUUUGGAAUGAAAUAGUUGAUCGCAGUCUUGAUAUGGUCCUUGUUCUUGAAGAUGAUGUUCGAUUUGAAUCAGGUUUUAAUAAGAAACUACACCAGUUAUUGGUUUCUGCUGAUGAAAUACAAAAAAAUCAACCCUGGGAUUUUAUGUACUUAGGUCGUAAGCGAAUGUCAUCACAAAUGGAAUAUUAUGUGGAAGGUUCUGACAAAAUUGUAUGGGCAAAAUACUCCUAUUGGACUCUAGGUUAUAUUAUACGAUUAUCAGGUGCAAAGAAACUAAUCGCUGGUGAUCCUCUAUCAAAGAUGCUUCCUGUUGAUGAAUACAUACCAAUCAUGUUUGAUAAUCAUCCGGAGACAGAAUUUAAGUUAAAGUUUAAUAACCGUAAUCUUAUUGCUUUUUCGGCUGAACCUCUUCUUAUGCACCCUACGCAUUAUGUUGGUGAGAUGGGUUAUGUGAGUGAUACUGAAGACACGCUUUCAAUUAAGGAAGAAGAUGUAAAGCACUUUAGGGAGAAAAAAAAAUUUAUAUUGCAAUCAAAUAUACAACAGGACCAAACAAGAGGCGAACUUUAAAUUUUUUACAAAAAAUUGUUUUGAGUAUAUUUUUACAUUUUAUCUUUUGAGCGUUUUCAAGUUAUUUUUUAAAAAGAUUUUUUGCUGUAAUUUUUUAGUCACAAUUU